CCCUUCCCCCUCCCAGGCAAAUCCUCUAAAAAUGUUCCCAUUGUUCAAUCUAUGGAAACAGGACCUUCUUUGGCAAAGCAGACAGCUAGAGUAUAACCUGUACUGUAAUAACAAUUGGCCGAAAGAUAUCCUUAGAUCUAAGAUAACAAGCAUCGGGGCGUUGAACUGCAGCUGCCAUCGUCCCCCAGUCACGGCGCAGAGUCCCCGCUUGGCUGACUCGGUCGAUAGGGGUCGCGUCUGGAGGGCAUCAGGUUGGGGAAGACGGAAAGGGCGUCACAGGCGUUUUGAGAAAUUGAUGUGGAGAACCCUUUGCGUAGGGAAGCACCCUCCUUCGGGGGAGGUCCCUAAAUCUGGGCGACAAGCUAUCGUUCGCACUCUGGCUCCAGCAGGAAACCUCGUCCCCCAGACUCCAGGAGAACAGCACGGUCCGCGCUCCCGGAGCAGACGCCUUCCGUCCGGAACCCCCUGCCCUGGCCGCCCCCCCCUCCCCCGCGUGCCACAGCUUUCGCAAAGCCCCGGCGUUCCCUCGCGCGUGGCCUUGGCUUCUACAGCCCUUUUCCCCCCCAACAAAGAAAGGGGAGGCUCGUGCCGUAUCCAGCCGAGACCCCCACCCUCGCGCUUUCGCCCCGCAGUUGACGCCGUCCUUCAGCCACCAAGUAGGUCCGGCAUGAAAAACCGAAUCCUCCCAGCCAAGCUCCCAGCAAGAGGCGUGCUGCUCCUGCUCCUUCCGGGUUUUCUGCUGCCAGGCUGAACGAACAAGCCCGGAAUGCUGCAUUACUCGGCCCACCCAUGCCCUGCGGCUUUCACCUUUGCUAGGGGAGGAGGACGCGAAGCCCACUCCUAGCAGGACUCUUCCAGCGAAAAGAAAAGCGGCGGGCAGGGAAUGCGGCAGCAGGCCAGUAGCUCGGAGCGGAACGAGCGGCCGCCAGGCUGCAGCGCGGAAAGGGUUAAGCGGAGGGAGACAUUCCGCCAAGGAGAAUUCAGAGCUGGGGGUCUCAGUCUGGGGAGGCGACCAGCGGCGACCGGCGGUGCUGCUUCGGAGCGCCGAUUGGGGAGAAAGAGCCGCUCGCGGGCAAAGAGAGAGCGAGCAAGCGAGAAACUUUCCCCGGAUCUUUCCUCGGCGCGAUCUGGAGGAGAGCUACCCUGCACCCGCCGGGCGGGGGGGGGGGAAAGCUGCAGCGAUAGCGCGGGGGCCGCUUCAAGCAGGGAUUCCGCGGGCCCCCUUGGAGAGGCGUGAAGCCGGCCAGGCGUCUCCGAGGGGAGCGUUAAACUAAGGAAGCUGGCCACGCUUCGGCCGGAAUUACUCCCCGCUUCCGUGUCUUUCCUACAGUUCAGAAUCGCGGACGGAGCGGCAGUCACAACAGCGGCUUUGGUCGGGGAGGGAACCGGGGCUUCAUCAGUCGCAGAGAACGGCCAAUCUUCUCCCGCUGCGGAGAGCCCGAAAGUAUCGGAGGGAGGGGCGAGACUCUGCUUCUCGGGAAAAGGGGGCGGCGAGCCCCCGGUCUGAGCUUUCGGCACUUCUCAGCCUCUCUAUUUAGCACACACGCGCCCCGACACUUCGCCUUCCUCCCUGAUAAACGGGGUCUGUCGAAGAGCUCCUCUCUCCACCCUGGCAGACCGUUGUUCGUUGCUGGGAGCCGAUCGGAUCCAAGAGGAGAAGAGCCUGCCACAGGUAGCCAAAGUCGGAGGCGCGACGCGACAGGCGCGCCCGAGAGCUCGUGUGUGGCCCGGAGGGUGCGGGUCGGAGCUUGUUGCUGGCAGGCUCCGCUCCUCUGCCCUCCCCCUCCUGCCCAGGCUUCCCUCGCAGCCGAGGAUGAAACCUUUCCCCUGCGCCCGAGGAAGGCCGGACGAGCAGGCGGCAGUGCAGCAGGCGGGGAGUCGAGCUGCCGGGUGGGCUCUUGGGGGGGAGACCGCGGGGUCGAAGAUUGCGCCUGGCAAACCGCGUCAAACGGCGAAGGGAAAAAGCAGCAGCAGAAACGGCACCUGCGGUUGUUGAACAGCUGUAAGUCAAGAAGCGGAUUGCGCACGGCCGUGGGACUUUCGCGGGUACCGAGGAAAGGGGCGGGGUUCCGCAAAGCUGCAACCCCCACGGUUACUUUUAAAGCAAUUAACUGGUGCAAAUCGGGAUUUCAGAAGAUCCUUCUCGGCUAUAGCGAGGGCGGAGCUUGAUGUUCAGGAUAAGGUGUAAAAGGGAGGGAUUCUCUUCCUACAGGGAUCUUGUUAAGAAAUAAGACUUCGGGUACCCUUGGACUCUAGAUCGAGAAGCACCCGAUCCCAAAUAACCCAGCCGGGGCGUCUAGGAAGUUGCAGUUGGACCUGCACAUUCUCUCCUGAAAGCCUAAUGCUGCUACCUACAGCUUUGCUCUGCCAGAAAGGGAAUGCAGCUGUGCUCCAGUCACAGCAGAAUCUGCUCUGUGCCAGACAGACACCCCCUUAUAGCUGGAUUUAGAAAAAGCCUGAACUUAGUAGUGGGGCGCAUCCUUCUUUGGCCCCUGCUGGUGGCCCAUCUGGGAAAACGGCUAUAAGAAUGCUGGCCGAUUGGAGAGAGCUGUCUACCAGGAUAAGUGCUAUACUUGGCUGUCUCCUCUUCUUCUGGCUCUUUUACUGCCAUCUGCCCAAGGAAGGAAAGGAGCUGGAGGUGGGGACAUGUGAGAUCACAGCCCUGGAUAGAGAUAUGAGCCACCCCAAAAGAAUGAUUGCCCGACAGACAGCACGGUGUGCCUGUCGAAGAGGACAAGUUGCUGGAACAACAAAAGCAAAGCCUGCCUGUGUAGAUGGUUUCUUGACAUCAAUAGAACACUGUAAGAGCACCUUCUCCACUUCCUAUGUGCUGAUGGGCAAAGUUCAGAGGUCUCCUCAUCAUGAAAAAUGGGACAAUCCACUUUUCAGUAUGGGUUUAUCCCCAUAAAUCAGGGCCCAUCUCAUCUGUAUUUCCUCUUGUGCCGGCACAUUGGAUGCAGAGGCUACUGAAACAAGCAUCUUUGUGUUGUAUGUACGAAAUUAACUUUUCUUCCCUCUCCCCAAAGCAAAUAUAUCUAUUUAUAGUGUUGUGUAUUUUUGACUUGAAAUGCACUUUUCGGUAGACUUUAUUUCCUCCCUUGUCAACAGAUUUGUGUUUUGGUACCCAGGAAUAACAGGCCUUUCAGAUCUGGGGGAAUGAUGGCCUCUUUGAGACAUAUGGGUGUAGCAGACUGAGAUACUUGCUAAAUGUCUGGGAUGCUAUAUGAAAAAAAACCCCAUCCUCUUAAACCUCUUACUUUCCAUUGUUUCUUCUCUUCUGAUCCCAAGAAGUUGAGAUGGUGCUAAAUGAUGUACAAUUGGGUCAUCACUGCUGUGGAUAUAGAGGGAAGUAUUCAUUAAAAGGAGUGGCUAUCUUCAGUAUAAGGCACUCUUCACAAAGAAGUAAAAUGAAAUAACCAGGUUAAAAAAAAAACCUGGACAAAAAUGUGUUCAAUUACAAUCUUCCCCAUUUGUGUUUUAGCAUCUUCAUUAAGUCCCCUUUCUCAUGGUAUCUGCCCAAUCACCUGUUGAGAAUAAUUCUUACUCAUCAGUAGCUGGGGCAAAUUCAAAACAAGCAUAAUUUAUUUAAUUAUACUUCAUUAUGUAUUACCAUUGAUUUAUUUUGGCCUAAAGUAGUAUUCUGAGAGUUGAGCUUAUACUGUACAUCCAACUUUCUUACUGUUUUGUCCCAAGAUCAAAUUGAUAGUCUGUCAGAUGGAUUGCCUUGGGCAAUUCUGACCCACUUAUUUUUUGCAAAUCAUAGACUGUAAAAAGGCACCUAAAGUACAUUUCUUCUUGAUUAUGGUACUUAAUGGAACACUGAUCCCUUAAAGACAUAUUAUUUAGGGAUCAAAAUCAAAAUUGUACCCAAGUAACAAUUUCUCCCACUAUAAAUUUAGUAUCAUUAUGAACAAGAACUACAGAUUAAUGGAUGUCAUAAUCUACCAUAAUCAUCAUGGAUAUUGGUAAAGCCCACUUGUGAUUGACAGUUCAAAGAAAAAUACACAGAUUCAAAUAGAACUUUUUCCUUCAGGCUUGGUUCCAUUCUCAAAUAUUGGGUCCUAAAAAUAAUUAAAAGACUCCAGAGACUACUAGUUCCUAGUGAUCAAUGACUUGAAAAUUAAUUCUAUAAAAACAACUCAGCAUUGCUUGUGCACGCCCAUCUGUAAAUAUGAAAGGUCUUGGAUUCAUUCUCAUGCCAAUCUUAUUUUUCAUUACAAUGUAAAUUGAAUCUUUUGUUUCAAGAGCUUUUUCCUCUGUAAUAAAUUUCCACAAUUUGUGAUGUCAAAAAAUGUAAGGAAAUAAAAUUCUAACUUUAUUA